GAGUGAUUUCCUGGAGCGUCUCUGUCGCUGUGAUUUCUUCCGGGUUUGAGUCGUGUUUAUUUUGAUUAGGUGUAACAAGCCAACAUGCAGGAGAGUGCUCCACUGUGACCGUGUUUAUGCUCCACAGGUGGCAGCGAGUUGUUAUAGGACGAUGUUUGGCGUGGAUUUGCACACCUGUGUGCCUCGGUAGAAGCGACCAAACGACUUGAAGGUCAUCCCAUUCGGACUUGAUACACCUGUUGCUCCAUUUUGACGCGCGACGAACAGGAGGAGCGAUACUUUGGAGUUUUUCCUUUUUUAAUUACUUUUUUUUUUUUUUUUAGCUAUUAUGAAAGUCACAGUAACUUUUGGUGACACAGCGGUGGUUGUUCCGUGUAAGUCUGGAUGGACAGUCCGGGAUUUAAUCGACCAAGCCACGCGGAGAUACCGUAAGAUUUUGGAUCAGCAUGGGAGGAGUGCCGUAAAUACGCACCACCUGGAGUACACCGACGGAGGCAUCCUGGACAUGGAUGACCUGCUGACGGACCUCGUGGAAGACAGGGACAAGCUGGUGGCGCUUUUCGAAGCGCAACGUGGCAUAACAGACAGUCCCAGAGAGAGCAUCUCAAAUGGCGACUCCAGUGCUGCCCCCAGCCCAGAGCCCCUGAACUACUACUCGCACCUGCAGCUCCAGGAGCCAAUUAAAGGGGAGAUAGAAGUCAAUGAGGCCACCCUCAAAUCCAACACACCCCUGUUAGUGAGGAGCAGCAGUGAGUCAGCAUUGGCUCCGCUCAUUGAGACGACCACGGCACACAACGACCGAAGCAACGAGGCCUCCAAAACGGAAUCAAACCAUGUGCUGAAGGGGGGUCCAGAACAGCCCACCAAGAUGAGCAAUAUCACAUUUAGCACCCUCACAAGGACCGUCAACUUGCUGGGGGACCGUGGACCCCUGGGUAUCCAAGUUAUUCCCUACUGCUCAUCUCUCAGUGGACGGAUGCUGGGCCUCCUCAUUAAAAACAUUGAUGAUAACAGUCGCACCAAGAGGGAGAACAUCUUUCAAGAGAACGAGUGCAUCGUCCACAUUAACGGCACAGCGCUGCAAGAUAAAACCUUCGCUGAUUCACAGGAAGUGUUCCGUCAGGCCCUGUCCUCCCCAUCCAUGCACCUGGAGGUCGUUCCUGUUGCGAACAAGCCUCGCUACGAGAAGGGUCUAAUCGGCCAACUCUUCACCGCCGACGGCAAAGACCCAAAAGCAAAGAGUCCAAUGGUAACCCGUGCAAAAAUUGACCUCCAGCCUGUGGCCAAACAAGAUUCCAAACCAAAUCCAGUGGUUGGAUGGCAAGACGCAGGGGCCAAGACACCUGAACCGCCUCUGCUGAACCCACCGCCCGUCGCCGCAAACCCACCGUCAACCGACGGCCAGUCGAGAAAUGCAUCCUCGGAGAGGGCCUCUCCCACACCUCCAGUGAGGAUGGCAAGCUCUUCCUCGCCACCCAGGAUCCGCAGGCAGAGCCCUCCCACCAACAAGAGCAGUGCUGUGCCUGACCCGGCCGACCUUCCAAACAAGAAAGGCGGCAAGAGGAUCAAAAUUGACUUGAAGAAAGGGGCCGAGGGUCUGGGCUUCACUGUGGUGACGAGGGACUCCUCAGCUAACGACGGGCCUGGGCCAAUCAUGGUGAAGAAUAUACUGCCACGCGGCGCAGCAAUCAAAGACGGCCGCCUGCAGCCUGGUGACCGCAUCCUCGAGGUGAACGGAAUGGACAUGACAGGCCGCAGCCAGGAGGAACUUGUGGCCAUGCUGCGCAGUACCAGACAGGGAGAAAUUGUGUGUGUGGUGGUGGUGCGACAGGACGACAUCUUCCUGCCACGGGAACUGAAAGGUGAAGAAAGCAGCAGUCUGGUACUGGAGGACGGCAGGGAGCAACUCAUGUACGAGAUUGCGCUGAACGAGACGGGUUCUGCUGGCCUGGGAGUCAGCUUGAAGGGCAACAAGUCGAGAGAGACGGGCGAGGACCUGGGCAUUUUCAUCAAGUCCGUUAUCCAUGGAGGCGCUGCCUACAAGGACGGCAGGUUGAGAGUAAAUGACCAGCUAAUUGCGGUAAAUGGCGAAGCGCUGCUCGGACGAUCCAACCACGCCGCCAUGGAAACACUGAGACGAUCCAUGUCAUCGGAGGGCAACGCCAGGGGCACCAUUCAGCUUGUGGUGCUGAGAGCAUCCAGAGUAGAGGGGCGCUCCAUUUCUAACACCACAGCUGCUGCUAGCCAACUCAGUCCUCACGGGGGCUCCGACAAUCAGGAGCCUCAGGGCCGCCGUGCCUACCACGGGACUUCGAGGCCCUCAGAGCUCAAUGGCACCAGUCUCACUGACAAGUAUGCGUCUGGUGGCUCCGGGGGUGCUCCGCAUCCCGCUGCGACCACCAAUGGCAACCACGGUCACUAUGGCAAUAACCAGGAGUACUCCAAGGAAGCCUUCCCCCCACCGCCGUCCCCGGGCACAGUGGAGGAAAUGACUAGAGACCCAGUACUCAAUCCCUCGCACUACAGUAAGGGUCCCACGGAUGGCCAGCUGGCCAACCACAAGGACGACGUGCCUCGCAACAGAGCGUCCAAAAGCAUGGACCUGGUGGCCGACGAGAGUAACGUGAGAUCGCUGGUUGGCCAUCAGAAUGAGGGUACCGCUGGGGGAACACUGGGCCCGACCCUGGGACUCUGGAAGUCCAGCUCCCUCGAAAGUCUCCAGUCCGCCAUGUCAGAGGCCCAGCAAAAUCACAUCAAGGCCCAGGUGCCAUUUCACAGACCGCGGCCUACGAUGGUCCGGGGACGCGGGUGCAACCAGAGUUUCCGCAUUGCCAUCGACAAGUCUUACGAAGGACCUUCUGAAGAUGACGACGAUCCGUCUGAGCAGAGCUCCGGUCAUGAAACGCCGGCCAGCGGCUCCUCACGUCAGGACCUGGAUGUAGAAGAUGGGACCAAGAGGAAGAAAGUGAACGGGAGGAAGCAGGAGAAAAAGAGUAAAGGAAAGAAGAAACGUGAGGAGGCUGCAGAGGAUGCGGAUAAGAAGACCAAAAAGAGAGGUUUUGCUCUGUUAAGGUUCGGCAAGAAGAAAGAAGACAAGGGCAAAGAUGCGUUGCAAGCGGCAAAAAACAAACUGGAAGCCUUGAGUGAGGAGGAAAUCGACAAGUUCCCUGACAACAGAGAAAGCUAUGAUCCACGGUAUGCCGAAAUCCAGUUCACCCCAGACCCGGGCUCCCUCCCGGAUGUGGAGGACGACGACAGUGACCCCAACUACGCCCGUAUCAACAACUUCCGCAAGCCGGACUCGCCGCAGUUGAUCGGCCGCACCCAUUCCCCCGCAGCUCCCCCUAUCAGACAGCCUCAGGCCCCCGCCGAUCUGGAUGGCCUCUACGCCAAGGUCGUCAAGCCUAGACAACAAUCUGCAGAAAGUGAUCAGAGGCCCCAGGGGAUGCGGCGGGAAUACCAGCAGACCCGGGCUGCACCAGCCUACGAGGAACAGGACGCAGCACGGCGUAGAGUCCUGGAGCACGACCCACAUCGGGGAUCUGUGGACGCAGAUUGGAGCCCGGGCAGGAUGCAGGGCUGGCUGGACUGUGGCGUGUCACAAAAGAACACAAGUUAAAAAGACAUGCUGAGAACAUUGUUCCCCUGCUAAAUGGUACCACCCCCUGACAUGUUUCAGUCUUGUUCCCACGGAUCUCGAAGAAAGUCUGCAUCUGGAUGAAACGUUACCCAUUUCACUACGGACUACGGACUAUGGCAUCCGCGCGGUGCCCUCUCUCCUCUUCAUUUAGUUCAUCACAUAGUACAUCUUACAGACGGGUGACAUUUCCGUUCACCCUUUUUUCGUUUAGUUCUGCAGCAGCCAUCACGCUUACUCUUCUCUUUCAUUGCUUUUCCAUUUUUUUCCAUUUCAUUGUACUGGACUCCUUUCUUUGUACAGUACAAUAGCUUGAAAUCUCUCAAUGUUCUGUGGUGACAUUGGCUCCGCUAGAUGUCUGCAUUGAUCCAGCGUGACGGAUCUGUGCAUCUACCGCUCAAACUCUGCAUGUAAAUCAAUAACUAUUUAUCAAACAGUUUAGAAUGAGCUUCCUUUCAAAAGCGAAUGCAGAAAAUCAUACACGGGGUCUCCGGUCUGCAUACAAGUUCCGUUCCUAUGACUGUGAGUGAGUGUAAGUUGGAACUCAUACCUACAUGAACACGUCCCUCUCACUGUACACAAAACACACAAAGGACAUAUAAAAUCCAAUAUUUCAUACAAAAUUAAGUGAAACAAUAAUAAUAAAAAAAAGAACAACUCACUUGCAGUCUUGCACACUGGAAAGGGUGUUGCAAGGGAGGGAGAGACAGGCUUAUUGGGAGGAGGAAGUCUCAAUAAUGAGACCACUACACUGCGCAGUUAUGACAGAUCCUUUACACGUUGAAGAAUACCGUCUUUAUCCUUGAUGAUGGUCGCUGUGUUCGAGCAGCUUGGACCAGCAAUGCAGCCAAUGCAGGGCACCAUUUCCGCCCUUCAUUUUUCACUUUCAUUUUCUUUGAAUUGCCAUCAAAGGAGCCUGCUUGGGAAACAUAACGAAGGGGGAAAGUGAACUAAAAAUAAGAGAAGUGAUGUCCUUCUUCAGUGUAGCGACAUAAGUACAGUACGAAUCAUUCUCUUUCCUUUUGUACAGUACAGUCGUCCCUCGUUUAUUAGGAUUAAUUAGUUAAUUAAUUAAUUAAUUCCCUCAAAGUUGGAUUCAAUAUUAACAUAUUGAAUAUUUUUGUAGUUAGAGCAUAGAAAACCUCUUUAUGACCAUUAUUAGAGGCCUGCAGACGUGAAAUAACCCCCCUUUAUGUACUACUACUACUAUUACUACUACUGCUAGCUUUGUUUACACCACAUUGCGCAACUCUUCCACGCAGGCUACGGGAUCUCUGUAGGGACACAAGUGACAGCCGCCGCUUUAAGCAUGGCAAAUUAGCCUCCAAUGUAUUUAUUCUAAACUUAAGAAAAGGUUUCAAACUGAGCGGGGAAGAAGGAUCCAAAAGAAGGUUCCAGAAGAAUCCAAAAAGGUACCACUUCCACACGGAAUGGGAGGCUAACUUUUUUUCACCAUGUCAUGUCGGACUGUGCAUCCAUGGCUGACUAUGCGGUGCAAGUUAAGGUAAUGUAAGGUAAUGUCUCAUCGGUGACGCCUGGUGACCAGAAUACUACAUAUGACUUGGCUUUCAAUAUGUUAAGCAGCAGUCCACCAGGAAACAGAGAUUUAUGAAUUCAUUCAUUUUCAUUCAUUCAUUGUGAGCGAUGUUUGAACCACGAUAUAGCAAGACGACUGUACUGUGUUCCCUCGUUUAUCGCGGGGCAUAGGUUCCCAAAAUAGCCCGCAAUAAGUGAAAUAAGCGAAGUAUCCAUCUAUUUUACAAUUAUUAUGUUUAAAGACUGUAAGACCCCUCACCAUGCACUUCAUACACUUGUCUUUUUUCUCACAUUUCUUUCUUUUUUAAAAGCUCUCAAAUUAACAAUUUUGUUUGAAUUUUAAUGAUCAACCUACCAGGUUGGACACAAGAAAUGAUUAAGUGACUCACGUGUAUUUCACUCCUUUGACGGUGCCUCGUCAUCCUGGCACUGUUUGGCUGUAGCAUUUUUGUAUCCUUGUUAAAACGUAUACGCCACGUAACUUCUGCCUUCUUUCAACAUGUCCAGAAGUCCAGCUUUUUGUGUGAUGGCUGGCUUCCUCUGCCUUUUGGGUGCAGAACGUAUUGUUGACAAUUGUGGGUUUUGUCGCGGAGAAACCUUGCAACAACACAGCAUUCCGAGUCACACGCGGUUAGCGUCUUGUGUUUCUUCUGUUGUUUACAGUGUUAGCAAAAGCUCAAAAGCUAGUUUGCUAGCCAUGACCACAAGAGAUGGCAGGAAGGAGAUUGAUUGACAACGGUCGACAGCCAAUCGGGAGGCAGAAGACAAUGGGCGGUGCAGAGAGAAUAGAGAGGAACCGCCGCCAAAGCACAGAACUACAGCACUCAGCUUCCCACAAUGCAAUUCUUGUUAAAGGCAGGCUCGGCCUGUAACAGCGGCCGUACACCGUAAAAAAAAAAAAAGAUAUUUUUUAAUUAAUAAAUAAAUAAAAAGCACUAAAAUAAAUCCGCGAAAUAGCGAGUCCGUGAAAGGUGAACCGCGAUGGAGCGAGGCAACACUGUAUUGAUCAUUUUUGGGAGUGCGUACAUAACCGCGAUACGUGGGAACACGAAGCGCACGAAACCGAGUUAAUUGUUCCCUCCAAAGUUAGACUGACCAACGACACAACCAGAGCCAAGGCGGGAAAUAUGGGAUGGAUUUACUGUCCAACCUCAAGCUGCCGCCUGCUGCGCUCGUUUCCUUGCUUGUUGUUGUCUCUGUUUACAGAGCAAUGGAUCUGUGCUCGCCGGUUGUCAUUAGCCACUCACAGAUGCACAACACAGCUGCUUUCUUUGUAGCCCUAAGGCUGCGUCACUCAUUAUACAUCCCUGGGCUGCAUGUGUUCCUCCUGUCGGUUCGCCGCCACGCUGUCGUUAUCCAAACUCUGAUACAAUUAAAGCGCAGCCGGCGUGGGUGCAACCUCUGAUCCGAUUGUUAUUUUGCACCCCAUAAAAAGACAGCGAUGUCCGUAGUAAAAAAUAAAAGUGUGUUUGUCCCCUGAGGAGCACGGUAAUGAAACACCCCGCUUCCAUUCACACACACUCACACAACCCACACACACACACACACACACACACACACACACACACAUACACACACACACACAAACACACACACACACACACACACACAUACACACAUACUUUGUGGGAAUGGGAACUCAAAAACAAUAAAAUGUCCUCAAGUAAGAAAGGAAAGGAUGGAAAUAAAAUGAUGAAAUGAUGAAUGUAAUUUUGAGGAAGGUUUAAAGACAAAAUGAAACAAUGGAGUAUAUUUAAAACUAGAUGUGGUGUUGGUGCUUAAACGGUGUCUAAACCGGUACUUCAAAAAAGGAAAACCAUACAAAUUUUGCCCAAAAACUAUGCCUUCUUAUUUUUACGGAAUUGCUAGACAACUGUGGCAAUGUUAGAAUUCCGACGUGUUUGCUGGUCUUUCCUGCAUAUAAGAGUUGUGUAUUCAUGAAGCAAAGUACUACUACUCUUCCAUUGGUGGUGUCAGCAUAAAAAAAUCAGUGUACUCAUAUUGCAUGCAUAUUUGUCUGUUUUCCUAACAUGUAAUAUCAUGUUUUCCCAACAAAUGCUGUCAAGUUUUAACAACUAAAAUUAAAAUUUCCCAGCAAUUACUAUUAAAUUUGAUCAACUAAUGUUUAGAUUCCCCAACAAAUACUCUCAGGUUUAAACAAUUAAAACUAGAAAAGCACUUGGAGAGCACAGACCUCUGCCAAGCACCAUAGUCCCCCCCCAUACUGUGAUUUACACCAUACAUAUUUGUCUUACAUUUAUUUCAUGUGCAUAUUUAGAUUCAUUGACCAUGAAAACAUAGCAUUAGCAAUUGGAUUCAUAAUGAUAUCAAUGCGUCUGUGUAGGCUCUCAGUCGUACAGGAGUUGUCCAUCGAGGAAAAGGCUUCUUGAGACGUCAUCUGUACUUCUGUGUAGAAGGUGUCGGACGUUUCGCUCCUCAUCCGAAGAGCUUCGUCAGCAAACUAAUAAGUGCUGGUAG